AGAAGGCGUUUAAAAUGGGGUCAGUGUUUGGCAAAAUGUCAUCAGCAGACAGGGACACGCAUUAUUAUUGUUUUCAGUAAACAACUGUGAAUAUGAUUGUUUUUCUCCAUAUGUAGGUUUAUCGAAAGUUAUUUUUUCUAACCUCAAGGUUAUUAUUAAAAAGAUGGAAAUGGAGCAAGAAACAGUGUAUGGUACUCACGAAGACUCUCAUGUUGUCAUGUCAGAAAAAGUACAGUCUCUCGCUGGUAGUGUUUACCAGGAAUUUGAGAAAAUGAUAAGUAAAUAUGAUGAUGAUGUUGUAAAAGAUCUAAUGCCGUUAGUUGUCAAUGUGCUUGAGUGUUUAGACAUAUCGUAUACUCAAAAUCAAGAACAUGAGGUAGAAUUGGAGUUGUUACGAGAAGACAACGAACAGCUGGUGACUCAGUAUGAACGUGAAAAACAGCUAAGGAAAAGUGCAGAACAGAAAUUAAUAGAGUCAGAAGAUGCCACUGAAGAUGAAAGAAAAGAGCUACAAGGCAAAAUUGAAAGCUUGGAAUCAAUUGUUCGAAUGUUGGAGUUAAAAGGAAAAAAUGCUUCAGACCAUGUGUAUCGACUAGAAGAAAAGGAAUCUGAAAUGAAGCAGGAGUAUUCCAAACUUCAUGAACGGUAUACUGAUCUUCUUAAAACACACAUGGAUACAAUGGAAAGAACUAAACUUAUGAUGGGAACCACAGACCGACUAGAUUCGACAGGAAGGGCCAGGCUCCCACCAAUGUCCGCCUUAAAUCCUAUGACUAGAUCCAGUGGACCUAUUUCAUAUGGAUUUGCUUCUUUAGAGGCAGGGCCACAGUCUGUCAUAAGCCCAGUGGAAUAUGCACCUGCUGCUUCUUCACCUACUACUAGUCUCCAAAAUGAACUUGAGGAAACACAAUCUCCUGAAAGAGAUAGUUCACCUGACAAGUCAUUUUCAAAACUACCUUCACCAGAGAAGGGUGGUUGGUCGGAAAGCCUUAGUCCUACUAGUAAAGAUUCAAGCCCAGAAACAGAAGAGCUACCUCCCCCAGGAGGAAAAAGCCAUACGAAGAGGGAACAACGCAGCGGGAAUACGCUGUACCAAGAGCUCAGCUUUCAGGAUGUUGAAGCUUUGGGAGAAAUGGAUGAAGGAGCUGAUAUUACAGACAGCGACAGUGAAACGGAGUUGCGCAGCAAAAUUGCUCAUGCUGUUAAUGACAACUUCUUUGGUAUGGGCAAAGAAGUGGAAAAUCUCAUCAUGGAAAACAACGAGCUUCUUGCAACCAAAAAUGCUUUGAAUAUUGUAAAGGAUGAUCUUAUAAUCAAAGUUGAUGAACUCACAAGUGAACAAGAAUAUUUCCGUGAAAAAAUUAAGUCUCUUGUCUCUACUAAAGAACGACUUAAUCUACAAAUUCAAGAACUCCAGGAGGAGCUCAAAAAGGCCAAAGAAGAGUCAGAGAAAGCUCUGAAAGCAAGCAAGUCAGACGAUGAAGAAGAUGUCCCAAUGGCUCAAAGAAAGAGAUUCACCCGUGUGGAAAUGGCGCGUGUUCUCAUGGAGAGGAAUCAAUACAAAGAGCGAUUUAUGGAGCUGCAGGAAGCAGUACGAUGGACAGAGCUUGUUCGUGCCUCACGAAAUGAUCCCAAUCUUGAUAGGAAAAGUAAACAGAGCAUAUGGAAAUUUUUCAGCAACCUUUUUACCCCUACUGAUAGACCUGUACCUUCAAGGAAAACCCAACACAUGGGAGUACGAUUUACUGCCCCACAACAUGUGAGUCCAGCUGGUCCCUUGGGUUCAAUGCGGCAACGCACCCUUAGUGAUCGUAAGAGAGGUGUCGAUUAUCUGGAGACCUCGGAUUCGAAUAAUGAAAAAGUGGCUCUACGAAGACAGACAGAGAGGCGAGAACAAUAUCGUCAAGUCCGAGCCCAUGUGGAAAAAGAUGAUGGUCGCCUCAGAGCCUAUGGAUGGAGUUUACCAGCCAAAGUUUCAGGCGCUGGUAGUCUUCCAAAUGCACUUACUUCAUCAGGAGCAGCCAUUGCAAGACCCAGUAGUGCAGAACCUGUUCCUGUGCCAGUAUAUUGCAGGCCAUUGACUGAGAGUGAACCAGGAGUUAAACCUCUGCAGAUUUGGUGUGCUGCAGGCGUUAACUUAAGUGGAGGUAAAACAAGAGAUGGUGGAUCCAUUGUUGGAGCCAGUAUUUUUUAUUCAAAUCCGUCAGAGGAAACCUGUGCCAAUAUCAGUGAAAGUGAUGAAAAAGCAAGUCCAGUUCGCUGCUUGGAGGAAGAGUUGGAGGAAGGAGAAAGACUUGCAAAGGAGGCAGAAAUAGAAGAGCAACAACUUUCGUCUUUAGUCUGGAUAUGUACAUCAACUCACAAAAUGAGCCGUGUGACUGUAGUAGAUGCCAACAACCCAGCUGAUGUUCUGAAAGCCUUUAAUGUUUGUUCAUCUCACUUGCUGUGUAUAGCAAGUGUACCUGGUGCUCGUGAAAGUGACUAUCCUGCCACUGAGGAAGUUCCAGAAACUCCUCUGAAAGUGAAUGAUGACAGCUUCACACAGACCUCAGUCUUGCAAGAUUCUAAAGUUGAAAAUGACGUACGAAGAGAUUCAAUGUCUUCUGUUCAGGCAGAUAGUAUACUAGAUGAAAAUGAUGCAUGCAUUGGACGUAUUACACUUGUGAGUUGUGCUACAGGUAGUGAAGCUCCGGGGCCCCCUCUUGGAGAAUUUGUUGCCCCAAAGACUCAGAUUGAAACAGUGGAUUUGAGUGGGUUAGGAGAGGAUGAGGCAGAGGACAUUAACCCACCUAGAAGGUUAGCCAAGGAAGUUAGUGGUCUGGUUAAAGAUGGUCUAUUGCAACAUUCAAAAGAAAACGAUGAGCUGGUGAAUGAAAAUCUAGAGAAGAUGAGUAGCAUUCUUCCAACUAUGUGGUUGGGUGCCCAAAGUGGUGAUAUUUAUGUUCACUCUGCUGCUUCUCAAUGGGGAAGGUGUCUUCAUAGUGUUCACUUGAAAGACUCUGUUUUAAGUAUAGUGCACAUUCAUGGAAGAGUCCUUGCAGCUUUAGCUAAUGGUACUGUAGUUGUGUUCAGACGAGGUUUAGAUGGACAGUGGAACCUGAAUAACUACCACAUUGUUGAUCUUGGACCACAGCACCAUUCAAUUCGUUGUAUGGUUGCUGUUCAUGGUCGGGUAUGGUGUGGAUAUCGUAAUAAAAUUCAUGUACUGGAUCCUCGAUCCCUGAAAGUAGAGAAAACAUUUGAUGCUCAUCCUCGGAAAGAAAGUCAAGUGCGACAAAUGGCCUGGCUUGGAGAUGGUGUCUGGGUUACUAUCAGGCUUGACUCUACUCUUCGAUUGUACCAUGCUCACACCUACCAACAUUUGCAAGAUGUGGAUAUUGAACCGUAUGUGAGCAAAAUGCUUGGCGUAUUUCCACAAGGUACUGGAAAGUUGGGAUUCUCCUUUGCACGUAUCACAGCUCUGCUCAUAUCAUCAUCAAGAUUAUGGAUAGGCACUGGCAAUGGCGUGAUUAUUUCUGUUCCUCUGUCUGAAAGUGCAGGCACUACAGGGAAUAUAAUUGGAGCAGCCAGGGGACCAGGUUCAAUUGUGAGAGUUUAUGCUGAUACUCAAUCAAAUCGUGUUACACCUGGCAGUUUUAUACCUUAUUGCUCCAUGGCACAAGCUCAGCUUUCAUUUCAUGGCCAUAGAGAAGCAGUUAAAUUCUUUGUUUCAGUACCUGGUUCUGGUGGCAUAUCGGCUGCAACCAGUGAUCCAAUUGACACACCAGCUAUGGACGGGCUAUCGGAUUCAGAUAAGCCUCAAUCAAUGCUAGUAAUGUCUGGGGGUGAAGGAUACAUAGACUUCAGAGUUGAAGAUGACGCGGACGAGGCUCAGGACUCUGCAUCGCACCUCAUAGUUUGGCAGUUGUUGCCAGCCCGGUGAAGAAGAUGAUGAUGGUGAUGCUGAAAUAGUUCCGUCCACACAAGAUACUUCACAAUCAAUAAGCAGGGGAGUGCAGAGUCAUUUAAUUGUCUGGCAGGUGAUGCUUCAGCGCUGACAUUUAAGUUUUGAGGAUUGUAAGAAAUCCUUCCCUGUUUGGUGAAUACCAAUCAACUGGUUUACUUUUAUGAAAAAAAUGUAUAAUCCAAACUUUGUAAAAUCUUAGUAGCCUUACUGGAAAUACAAGCCCAACUAUGGCUCCAGUUCUUUGUUGUAUGUUGCCUUGUUUUAUGGUUCCCCUCAUAAUUCUAAACUUGACUUUUUUCAAUGUCCGUUAUGAUGACAAAUCAUGGCGUUUUUCUAGUCGGGUCAUUGAAUGGUUGCCAUAGUUUGCAAGUUUGUAAUUCCAGUAAAUAUAGUGCAAGAAUGUCUAUUGUACUAGCUACAAACUUAAAUCUUAAAAGAUAAUGUGAAAUUUUCAAUUUUUAAAUCAACAUAUGUUUUAUGUAGCUUUAUAUAAAGUUCUGACCUCUAUCUUUCCAUAGUCAACUUAAAAAUUUCUUUUGAAUGAUGUUGUUGUUAGUGGAGAUAUUCUUUGUUUAGUACUGGUCAUGUCUUGUGUCUAGUCCUCCUCUUACAGGGCAUGUACUUUCAGUUUCAAUGAGCAAUUCACCACAACCCUUUCAAAGAAAUUUUCAAAUUAGUAACAAUUUUUCAAGAAUUGUGACAAGCUCCAGUUUUGUAACAUCCAUAGCAAUAGAUAUUGAACGUUUGUAUGGGCUGAUUUACAGUUUACAAUGAAGUAUUACUUUUUAGUUAUACAUAUUUAUGUAAGCACUAGUCUUCUGAAUGAGUUUAAUUAAAUUGGUGUGUGCGUUUGCACACUUGUUGAUUAGUGAUUUUGUGUCAAAGCUCAAAGUUGACAAGGUGAUAUAUGUGUAGUGUAAGCAAGGUCAGGGGUUUGUAGACAAUGCAAACAGAAUUCACCCACUACUUUUGAGUCAUCUGAUUUUCUACUGUCCCAAGGCUUGGAGCUUUAAUUAGAGAUGUCUAAAGAAACAAAUACAUAUAAAGUGCUUUCAUUUUUUUAGUCUCAUUAUCUCUCACAAAUCUACAGUCCAAAAUGAUUUCUGAUAAUCCAGUUGCUUGUUUGAAGUAAAUAUGGUGGCGUGGCUAGUAACCAUUUUAACUUUCUGCUAUUGCCAUAUAUUCGGUUCCAAUCUCAUCUAAUUAUACUUAACUGAUGACAAAUUGUCAUUCAUAACAUCUUGUAUGUUUGUGUUAUGUUGAUUUGUUCUGGAUUGCUUUUCGAAACCUGUCCUUAGCAGCAUUUGAAGAGUGGGAGUGCUAAUGUUCAAUUUUUUGCCUACACAAUCUCCUGUGUGGUUCCAUUUCAGUGUUUUAGAAGUAAUGGUAGUUAAUUAACUUGUCAAUCCUUAUCAAUUAACAUUAAUGACCCUGUUAUUGUUUGUAUCCUUGCCUGUUUAUGCUCAGUUUGAAUACAAUCUGUAGAUAAUUGUGCCGUUAGUUUUUUCCGGUUUUCCACAAGUUAUUGGAAAUAUUUUUUGGUUUUAGCCAAAAUAUUAUUGUACAUCCUGAAGUGUAUCAAAUAUUUUAUUUUGAAAGAAGUAUUCCUUUUUAUGUCACAGUUUUGAGAUCAGAUUUCUGUAAAAUGUUUUACUUCAAUGAGUUUCAAGUGAACUGUGCGUGCGUGUGUGUGUGUGUCUGUGGAUUAUUGUAUGUUUGAAUGUAUGUUAUCUAUGCCCAGGUAUGGUAUAUAAUUGACUGUUUCCGCUCAUGGAAGAGUGAUCUUACUCAAUGGUUGGGUAAGAUAAAAAUCAUACUUUUGUAAACUUAUAAAAAUUUGUACAUCAAUUUUGUAUUUCUGCUGCUCUGUCAGAUUUUUGCUGUUCUUCCCAUUGAAGAUUCUGCUUGCAGGCAGAUGGUUUAGCUAUUAUGUUUAUUUAUUCAGUAGCUUAUUCAGCAAUUUCGUGCAGAUUGCCAAUUUUUUGAAGUCACGUGUAUAUUGUGGUGUUCAAACACACAUGAGAAAUCUGAUAGGUCAAAUGCAAGAAACUGAAAUGUGAUAAAUUGUCUAUGCUUUGCGUUGAACCAAAAAUUGUUUUCUUUUAUAUAGCGUAUACUGUUGUACAAGUACAAGGUAUUUUACAUAACGACACAUGUCAAAAUAAAUAAAACCAUAUAGUAAUUUCCA